AUGGCUGAGUUUCGACAAUAUAUUGACGAAAGCCAUUAUGAUUUAGUCAACUUGUUGACUCAUCAGAUGGCUACUAUUUUGAAUCCUAUCCUGGAUGACAAUGAGUCAAAAUAUGAUCAACUGGUUAAACAAGUCGAGAGAAUUGCUCGAAUUGUCGAUUAUGAUGAGGGGGAGCCUAUUCCCCAAGAUUUGGUAGUAGAUCAGGAGGACAUAAGAUAUAAUGAGGAGAGUGUAUUUAACAAUCCUGAAAGGAAAGAAAAUAUCCCUUAUCUCGUUCGACAAGAUCAAAAUACUGAUGAAGUUUUGAAUAGACUUCACACAGCGUGGAUAUCAUUACCAGUGCAAAUGACAGAAGUACCAAUAGGUGUGAAAAAUCCUAAAAUAAUUACAAAAUUUGUAGGAGAUAUUGGAGAGUCAACUGUCGAGCAUAUAGCUUGCUAUAUGGUCGAAUUAGAAAAUUUGGCAGAUAAUGAAAACCUGAGAAUGAAGUUUUUUUCUGCUUCAUUAACAAAAAAUGUUUUCACUUGGUUUUCAAAUCUGAGACCCAGUUCAAUUUUAACAUGGGAACAAUUGGAAAAUACUUUUCAUGCUCAAUUUUAUAGAGCAAAAUUGAAUGUCUUGUUGACAAAUUUGCUUACAAUAGAACGAGAUGAUGGAGAAUCGAUAGAUGACUAUAUAAUUCGAUUCAAAAAUGCUCGCAAUCGAUGUUAUGUGUCAGUCCCUGAAAGCGAGAUCGUCAAAAUAGCCAUCAAAGGUCUUGGCUUGUAUAUGCGUCGAAAAUUACUCAAUAUGCAUAUUCCUGAUUUACCUAUUUGGCUGAGAGAGUUCGACAAGUUGAAAAAAUAA